CCUACGUCUGUGCGCUAAGGCUCGGGAGGGGGCAUUUCGCUUAGCUCUCCUGGGAAUACUGAACAUAAAAUCACCUCUCAUUCCGGCCUUUGCCAGCUCUUAAUUGUGGGAGGAAUGAGUGCCCCGCCCUCUCACCCGGAGCGGGCGGGGCUGUGGAUCGUGACGCCAUCAGAGAGCGUCGAAGUAGGAGUGGGAAGCCAGUCAGAGAUGCUGGAUUCUCUGUUGGCCCUGGGCGGCCUGGUGCUGCUCCGUGAUUCCGUGGAGUGGGAGGGGCGGGGUCUUCUGAAAGCGCUCAUCAAGAAAUCUGCACUGCGUGGGGAGCAAGUCCACGUCUUGGGCUGUGAAGUGAGUGAGGAAGAGUUUCGAGAAGGUUUUGACUCCUGUGUCAACAGCCGGCUGAUUUACUAUGACCUCUUCAGAGACCCUCUCAGUUGGUCAAAAACUGGGGAGGCUUUUCCUGAGGGACCCCUGGGAGUCUUGAGAGCCAUAUGUAGGAGGACAGAUCCUGGUCCUGCCACCAUAGCUCUUGAUUCACUCAGCUGGCUUUUGCUUCAUCUUCCCUGUACUGCAGUCUGCCAGACCCUCCAUGCUCUGAGCCAUCAAAACUCCUACCCUGGUGAUAGUUCCCCAGUAAAGCAGGUGCAUGUAUUGGGCCUGCUACAUGAAGARCUUCAUGGCCCAGGCCUUGUGGGAGCACUGAGCAGUCUUACCCAGACUGAGGUGAUUCUGGGUGGUUUAAUGGGCCAAGCCUCAGCCCAUGUCCUCUUUCGGAAGCCCCAACAGCGCCCAACUUAUCAGACUUCGUGGUUUUCCAUCCUUCCUGACUUUAGCCUCGAUCUCCAGGAGGGGCCUCCCCUAGGGUCCCAGCACCACCCAGAUCCUCAUACAUCUCUGGUGGACCCCAUGACUCAUUUGACCUUUAACCUUCACCUGUCCAAGGAAGAAAGAGAAGCCAAGGAUAGCCUGAUUCUGCCCUUCCAGUUCAGUUCUGAAAAACAGCAGGUUCUACUGCGUCCUGCGCCAGGCCAGGCUACCAGCCACAUCUUCUAUGAGCCAGAUGCUUAUGAUGACCUAGACCAAGAAGACCCAGAUGAUGACCUUGAUAUUUGACUGGCCAGACUUGACUACACUAAUGGAAAUGGGUGGGAGUGGGAGGACUGAGGUCCCAGUUUCUGUACUGCCUUUGUUCCUUUGUCUAUGGAGGUUCUACCCUAUGAGGUAGGAAGCAGUAUCCGAUCAGAACAGAAAGUGGGAUGAAGAGAUAGCAUAAGGUGAGGAAAUAGGAACAACCCCUCAUACCUAAUAAAAUCUUUUAUUAAUUUU